UCGGAAAGCUACCGUUUUUCGGUUCGAGUUCGUUGUUGUCGUAAACAACAGAGGAAGGAAUAAAGAUGUCAUUCACAGGAACAUUGGAUAAAUGCAAGGCUUGUGAUAAGACUGUUUAUGUGGUUGAAUUGCUUUCCCUUGAAGGGAAUCCUUAUCAUAAGUCCUGCUUCAAAUGUAGCCACUGCAAAGGCACUCUUUCGAUGAGUAGCUACUCAUGGAUGGAUGGUGUCCUGUAUUGCAAGACUCAUUUUGAGCAACUCUUCAAGGAAUCUGGAAAUUUCAGCAAGAAUUUUCAAAAUGCCAAGCCUUCUGAGAAGCAAAAUGAUCUGCAGUCAAGAGCUCCUAGCAAACUGUCCUCCAUGUUCUCUGGAACUCAAGACAAAUGUGCGGCCUGCUCGAAAACGGUUUAUCCGUUGGAGAAGGUGACUCUUGAGGGGGAAUGUUACCAUAAGAAUUGCUUUAGAUGUGCUCAUGGUGGAUGCCAUUUAACACACUCUUCAUAUGCUGCUCUUGAUGGAGUGUUGUACUGUAAGCAUCAUUUUGCUCAACUCUUCAUGAUCAAAGGAAACUACAACCAUGUUCUUGAAGCUGCAGCAAACAAGAAAGCUCCCACGCCGCCUCCCGAACCAGCAGAGGAAGAAGAGGGCGCCACCGAAGCUCAGCCGCAGGCCGAUGAAGCACCCGUAGAGCAAACUUAAGAUGGAUUUUUCUGCUUUCCAUCUACCAUAAAUUUGAGAAUCCUUGGCUAUCUUAUAAUUUUUUUGUCUCUCUUUCUCUUUUGUUUUCAAAUUCAUUUGUAACAAGUUUUCAUUACCAUUUUGUGAUUUUCUUUUUCGUUUUAAAGCAAAUUCAAAGCAUUAUUUGUAUGCCAUCAGAGCAUAGAAAACAAUGUACCAUAGUUUGUUCUGUCAGUGAGAGGAGAAGCUGGAAUAAAGCACAUAGAUUGCUAUCAUUCCCAAUCACUAAAGACAAUUUCCCCUUUUUUUGUCCAAAA